CACGACAAAGGAACACGUAAAAAGUUACUGUCAUGGAAUGCGCAGUGGCUGAGUUGGGUUUGGUGGGGGGGGGGGGGUCUUAAUCGCCUUUGAAUCGAGAUUAUGUGCAAUAUAUAGGUUUAAAUGAGUCAAGAAUAUCCUGAAAAAGAAUUUAUGUCCUUAUCUUAUUACUAUGAAGAUAAUGUACUUUUACAGUAGAUUUAAAAUUAGUGUCAUAGUACAGAAAAACUGAAUUUUGACUUAAAAGCUUUGCAUAGAGGCAGGCUUUCAUGAGAAUAAUUUUUUAUAAAUGUUUCAAGUCGUUGCCUAAGAUAUACUCUUGUCAAAGUCUAUAUCUUUAUGUAAAUUUUCAACUCAAAAUUUGAAAUUUAGUUUUUCUAAACCAUGAUAUUCAGUCAAGAAAUACCGUAAAACUUCAGUAUUUCUGUUACAAUAAGCUAAGGAUGCGAACUCUUUUUAAGGUAUUUAGAGUUUAUUUACGUCUACAUAAUGUGCGUAGUGUCGACUCAAAAACGAUUUAUCAAUUGGAUGACUUCUCUCAUCAGAAAUUCAUGACUAACAAACAAUAGCUUUGCAGUUUGUUUUAUUACGUAACUUGAGGUUUCGAUUAUCUCGGAUGACCUUCUGUAUAAACAAGAAACAUUCUUCAAAACUAUCCAAUAUCAAAUGAAGUAUAAUAAACUGAAUUAGUUGAUUGUGAAUAAUCGCUCUUAAUUUGAUGUUAUAUUCUACUCUAAUUUAAUCUAUUAAAGUGUUCGAUUAGUGUUUGAAGCAACAUAACUCGUCUAAGAACUUUACUCAAGUUAAUAGUUAACAAUUCUCAUACAGCAACGAUUGAAUUAUUUCGAACAUUGUCUACAGAGAUUUCGAUCGAAUGCAUUUUAAAAGUUAUGUUUGCAAAUUUUUCAUCAAAAUUAAAUCAAAACGAAAAUAACCUUUACCAUAUAUAAGAUCGAUUAUAAUUGCCAACUAUCAUUAAUAACUAUUUCAAUGGUCAGUACCUGUCCCAGUGACGUAACUGGAAAAAAAGUUGUAGAGGGAGAAAACUCAAAGCCUUCUAAGGAUAACUGAACUCUUCUCUGGCCUUAUCAUUAAUCUGUCCUUAACUAUAUCAGAUAGUUAAUGCAUGUUUAAUUUAGUCUCCAUCUAUCAUGCUGAUUGUUUUUUUUUUAAAUAAAGAAUCCGAAUAAUCUAUUUCUUUUCUAAUAGAAUUACAUUAUACACCUUAUCCAAUGACAUCACAAUAUAGUGAUAUUUUAUCAAGUUCAGUUGUUGCAAUACUUAAACGUGAUCCUCGUCGUAUUAUAUUUAUAAGAGAAAAAUUAUUUGGUCAACAAUUACCUGUUUCACUUCGUCAAUUUAUUUGGACAGAAUGUUUACUUCGUUUUGAAAAAAAACCAUAUGAUAAUGAUCUUAGUUUUGUUGAACUUGAAACAAGACGAGAAUUUGCUGCUGGUGUAACACGUGGUAAAACUGAACUUAGAUUAACUAAUCCAUCAAAUACUCCAGUAACAAAUUUAAUUGAAAAUGCAGUUAUCGAAGUAAGAUACUUUCGAAUAUGUCAUUUUUUUUUUCAUGAUUUUAUCUUCGUUUAUAUCGCAUAGAUACGAAAUAAUAUUUAUGAUAUUUCAUGUAUAUAUACAUCGGAUACUUUUUAAUAACAAAGAAUAAGCUUUAGAUAUAAAAAAAAAAUGUAGGUUAAGUUUUCGAUAUUCUUGAUGGAGUUUUUUGAAAACAAUAUUCUGAAGAUAUCUCCUUUCUUUUCCUAAGAUCUCCGAUUUCGGUCAAUUGACCUAUGAUCAUUCGAAGAGACAACUAGGCAAAAAUAAUUCGCAUUACUGAAUCGAAUGAUGAUAUUUGUUUCUAGGUUCAAUAUGAUCUUACUCUGCGUUCUCACUAUAUGUGAACUUCCACAAUCAGCUUUCAUGACAUGAAAUAGUCGAUAUUUCGAAAAUAUUGAAAUAACAGUACCAGAUAAGUUCGAACCUAAAACAAGAAUCAUCGUUAGAUUCAACAUAAUAAAUUAUUCCUACCGACCUACUUUUCCAGUUGAUUCAUAGGUCAGUUGGUUGAAGUUUAAGGUCUCUCCUCACCGAGAACUCAUCUUGUGAUGUUCCUAUCAAAAAUUAUUCAAAGAACAAUGGAGUAGAGUAUAUUUUGAAAUGGAUAGUACAUUUAUGAGAAUACAUCCUAUUCCGCAAUGUUGCACAUUGCGGGAACCAGUUCCGCCCCAGAAUCAGUUCCCUCAAUUCCGGAAUUCCUAUAAUGUCCCUUUCAUCUAAUUUCGGAAUCCCAACAACUUAAUUCCUACCAAUUCCGGAAUUCCUAGAACCUAAUUCCUAUCGAUUCCGGAAUUCCCUGACGAAAUCAUACCAUCUCCCCUCACCCUCACUUGUUGUCUUGUGUUGCCAAGUUAUGGCCU